AUGGCUUGCAUCUCCCUCAUCCUCACGCCAGAAGUCCUGCUGAGCGUCCGCGAGUUCUGGUUCGAACACCUCUCCGGCCCAGACGCCUUCAUCAUACCCAGCACCGAGGACAACAAGCGCUGGUUCUUUGGCGGUCCCGAAUUCGACAAGCACUGCGUAGAACGCUUCGGCCCGACCCUCGCCGCCAUCCGCUCCCGCGGCAUCACCUCCGGCCACGACAUCGUCUACGCCCUCCAGCCCACCGACAGCCACGACUGGCUCAGCCUCGUCCUCCUCCUCGACCAGAUCCCGCGCAACUGCUUCCGCGGCGAGUCCUCCUCUGCCGUCUUCACCUACUGGGACCCCAUGGCGCGCGACGUCGCCCUCGCAGCCCUCGACCGCGGCAUCCCCGACCGCUGGCCCGAGAUGCGCUGGCGCUUUGCGUGCCGGAUGUGGUUCUACGUCCCGCUGAUGCAUUCCGAGGACGCGCGACUGCAUGAGCUCGCGGUGGCAAAAUAUCAGCUGCUCGCGAGGGACGUGGAAAGCCUGCUGCUGACAUCCUCUGAGAAGAAGAAGAAUAAGAAGGCGAAUGGGGAUGACGAGGAGAGCGAUGUAGAUGAUGAAUACACAUACCGCCUCGCCGCGCAAAAGGUCGUGCAGAUGAAUCCUGAUGCUGCGAGAGAGUAUGCGCAGCUCAACCUCGGCUUUGAAGAGAGGCACUGGGCCAUUCUCCAGCGGUUCGGGCGGUAUCCGCACCGCAACGGCGUGCUGGGGAGGGAGACGACGGAGGAGGAGCGCGAGUAUCUGGACAAUGGAGGAGACACGUUUGGGGGUUGA